ACCAUCUAGUAAAACUUUAUCCUCAUGGAUUUCUCUAUAGACCUUCAUUGUUGAUGUGGACAAAAGCAGCGAAGCAUCUAGAUUGCGGAUCAGAGCUUCAGUAGAGGUGGGCAGCGGUUGGAGGAGAACCUGCAGCUGGGGAAUGCUGGGAGGAGACGGCUUUCACGAUGGAGAAGAGGAGAACUCUUCUCCAGGCUCCAGCAAGUGUGUGGGGCAGAUGGACCUAACUAACAUUGGGCAGGACCCCGGGACCAGCGGAGGCAGAUCCGGAUCUGGUUCAGGUGAAGAGGACGAGGCUGAGGAGCAGCGAGGAAGAACCAGCAGAGGGGAAAGCUCAGUGGGGUGUGAGGAGAGCGGAGGAGAGCAGACACACGAGGAUGUGGACAUGAACAGCGGCCACGACUCCAGCAGCGGAAACGACAGCGUUGGUGGCUCACGACAUCAUCACUCCUCGGCCAAUUGCAGCCCUGGAAGCACCACGGGAUCAGGAAGCACCAAGAGCUCAAAAUCUGCCACUGGUUCGUCAUCGUCCAGCUUUCACAGCGCUCCUCACACGGUGUGCAGUGAGCAGACGGAGCUCGGCCGUGAGCAGACGCACCGGGAGAUGAUGCAGACGGUGCAGGAGAUGAAGAAACGGCUGCCGUCUGAGAAGAGAAGCCGCAGUAAAGCCAGUACUGUAGAGGCACUGAACUAUGCACUGAACUGUGUCAAACAAGUACAAGCAAACAGUGAGUACUACAACUUACUAAUGAGCAGCGGACUGGAGGAGAGACGAGCAGCUACUGUGUGCAAGCUAGAGGAGCUGGAGGAAAUCACAUCAGAACACACACUGAAAAACACUGACACGUUUGUGGUGGUCUUCUCUCUGGCCUCGGGGAAGAUGGUUUACGCAUCCGAACAGGCCUCCAGCGUGCUUCACUGCAAGAGGAAGUUUCUGGAAUCUGCCACGUUCGUGGAGCUGCUGUACCAUCAGGACGUCAAUGUGUUUUACUCGCACACGGCGCAACCGCGGCUGCCGCCCUGGAACGUGGUCACAGACAGCGCGGCGGUUCUGUUCGAAUGUGCCCAGGCCAAGUCCUUCUUCUGUCGAAUCAGAGGAGGGAAGGAUAGAGAUGGUGAAAUGCGUUAUAGUCCCUUCCGGAUCACUCCGUACCUGCUGAAGGUUCAGGGAUUGAGUGGAGAGGAGGAGCCGUGCUGUCUGGCCCUGGCCGAGCGCAUCCUCUCAGGAUAUGAGGCCCCUCGCAUUCCCAUGGACAAGCGCAUAUUCAGCACGACUCAUUCACCAGGCUGUGUCUUUUUAGAAGUGGAUGACCGAGCAGUGCCUUUGCUCGGGUACCUCCCUCAGGACCUGAUCGGUACCUCGGUUCUGACCUGCCUGCAUCCAGACGACCGUCUGCUCAUGCUGGCCAUGCACCGCAAAAUUCUGAAGUACGCGGGCCAGCCUCCGUUUGAACACUCGCCCAUCCGCUUUCGGUGUCAGAACGGCGACUACAUCACCCUGGACUCCAGCUGGUCCAGCUUCAUCAACCCUUGGAGCCGAAAGGUGGCCUUCAUCAUCGGCAGGCACAAAGUUCGCACUGGACCUCUGAGAGAGGACAUUUUCACUGCGCGGAGUAAAGCCAAGCAGCCAAUCAUGUGUGAGGAUGUUAAAGAGCUGCAGGCCAUGAUCUACAAGCUCUUCCUUCAGCCGGUUCAUAAUAAUGGAUCCAGUGGCUAUGGCAGUCUGGGUAGUAACGGUUCCCACGAGCACUACAUCAGUGUGGCGUCGUCCAGCGACAGUAACGGAAACCUCUGGGACGAUUCGCACAGAGAACCAAUGACAUUGCAGCAGUUUUGUGCUGAUGUCAAUAAAGUGAAGAAGUGGGGCCAGCAGGCGUAUCUGGACUCCCAGAGGAAGCUCACAGCUUUAGGACCAGCCCCUGCAGUGGCGGCAGCAGGGGUUCAUCCUAACAUGAGUCAGGGUUUGGGAAUUCGAGGUCAUCUAAAGCAGUCUCUGCAAGACGCGUGGAAGCAUCCACACAUUCCAUCGUACCAGCAGAUCAACUGUGUGGACAGCAUCAUCAGAUAUUUGGAGAGCUGUGCGACAUCUGCUCUGAAACGAAAGAGCAAAUCUUUGUCCAUAGCUACAUCUUCAUCUUCCUCCAUGUCUGAGGAAGACAAACCUGCAGCGGCAGCACAUGACGACACUGUGAACACUGACGAAGCUGCGCUGGAAGGCGUCGGUGCUCUGGACGGCCAGGUGUCUGCGGGCUCGGCCACGACGGCAGCGGUGGUGGGAGCGCCGCUCACGGACAUCACAAUCGCCACAGAAGCCAUGAGCGUGGUGUCCGUCACCAGUCAGUGCAGUUACAGCAGCACCAUAGUGCACGUACCCCAGCCCGAGUCAGAGGUCACUGCCUUAGAAGAUGCUCCAAUGGGGAGCGAGCCAACAGACUCCGCCCCCACCCCUGCACGCCCCGCCCCCAGCACCUCCUCAGCGGCGCAGGAGGAGUUACUCCUGGUGGGUCUUACUAAAGAGGUGCUGUCGGCCCACACGCAAAAGGAGGAGCAACAAUUCGUGGAUCAUUUCCAACAUCGUAUCCUGCAGAGUCCCUACAGCUCCUACCUCCAGCAAGACAACAGCAGCAUGGCUCAUUCUCACCACAGAGCUGAUGUUGUGCGUUCUCCGAACAAACACAAGCGUCCCAAACCAGAAGACUCAUCCGACAGCUACGGCUCCCAGCCGGGCAACUACUGGUCACUUCCCGGCCCCACAGGAGCGCCUCAUUCCUCCUGGCCUUCCUCCGAGUCCUCUCAUCCCCCACCGUCCAACAUCGGUUUUGUGCCGCCCAUGCAAACAGCCCCUUACUUCACCGUGGUCGGUGCGGAUCAGCAGCCCAUGGUGGUCCAGCCUGACCGAGGUGUCCAGAACCUCUAUCCCAUGACUCCAACAAUGAUCGUCCUGCUUCCUAGCUACCCCAUGUACCCUGGGAACUAUGGCAUGUACCUGCAGGGGAUGCCUGUACCGGCACCCGGAGUUGUUCCCCAGCCUCCCUUUAACAUGGGCAGCUACGUCCCGCCUGAUGGACAUGCGCCACAUGGGUCUCCAUCACAGACCCAUCCUCCAGGUCCCACCGUCACUGGAGUCGGGAUGGCACAGGAUGCUUCAGCAGAGGUCAACUCAAUACCUGCCCCUUGGUUUGGGGAAGACCUUGAUGCAGCACAGCCCACGGCGCUCUUCUCCAGCUCUCGCUCCAGCUCGCCCAUCCAGCUGAACUUACUCCAGGAGGAGCUGACCAAGCCCACCGAAGCCCAGAACAGCACUGGUCCAGAGAGUCUGCAUGAACACCACGCCAAAGCGGAGGACGCUCCCAGCGAGUCGGGUCACCAAGACGCCCAUUCGACCUCCAGUGAAAUGCUGGACCAGUUGCUGCAGGAGGACGCCCGCUCAGGAACCGGCUCAAAUGUCUCGGGCAGUGGCUCCGGAGAGUCAGGAGGCUCUCUGGGCUCCGCGUCGAACGGGACGUCCACCAGCCACACAGGAACGGACAAUACCAGCAAGUACUUCGCCAGCAACGAUUCAUCUGACACAUUGCGAAAAGCUCGCAAGUCCGCAGAAGCCCAGGAACGUGAGCGUACGACCUUCACAAAGCACGUGGACAAUCCAUUAUGGAGCAUGAUCAAGCAGACGCCCGAACCCGUCAUGAUGACCUAUCAGAUCGGCCCCAGGGAUCAGGCGCAGGUUCUUCAGGAAGACCGGGAGAAGCUGCUUCUGAUGCAGCCCAUGCAGCCCUGGUUCACCCAGGACCAGAAGAAGGAGCUGGCCGAGGUUCAUCCCUGGAUCCAUCAGCACACGGUCCCACAGGAGAUCAACACACAGUGUUGUGUGAGUUGUACCACCAUGCAAGUGGGCAAGGAACUGAAUCUUCAGACUGACUCUCCAAGCCCUCCGACUCCUGACAGCUCCUGUCCGCAAAACUGUCCGUCCCAGGACACCAGACCCGACACCUGACCGCAGACCCUGCUGGACCUCCGGCCCUCUGGGACUCUCAGCAGGGAAUCGUGGGAAGCGACGGAAGACUGCUUCUGUGUGCCACUGUCUCAUAUUUCCUCCUGAAGUCACGAAACAAGGCAAACCCUUUGCACUGGAUCAGACCACGUCCGCGUGAGUUUGGACACCCGCAGGAGACGGACAGUGAGCGGCGGCUGUCACAUGACCAUGCAUUUCUCUCUACUGUUCUCCGUUACAGUCCAUGGACCCAAACAGCUGUGAAUAUCAGACUAUAAAUAGGUAGUGAUGUCAACAGUGUGGGUCAAAUGUUUUUUUUUUUUUUGCUUGUUUGUUUUAAGAAAACUUUUUGUUAAUUAAUGUGUCCUCUACUGAAUCUUGUAGGCUCAGGGGGGUUCGUGAUCUCCCAGAAGAACCUGCAAUGAGUUUCCACUUGCGCAGAUAUAAAUGCGAAUGAAUGUCCCACAGUGCUGCAACAUCCCGUGCAGUUACUAAAGAACAUAAGCAUCCACCGCCAAAAACUAAAAGUGUCUACAAAUGGAAAUGAAUGAUAAUUGGUCAAGAACACAAAGAUUUUCACUCCUCAUUGAGCUCAUCCAAU